AUGACCCUGGUGCUCGAGAGAUGCUUUCAUACCGUCGCAGAAAUUGGCUUCGCACAGUCCUUGAGCCUUGAGUUCGGCAAUUUAAGCGAUGAUCAAUGCGUGACAAUCGAGCCUGCACCCGCCUCGACGUAUCGCGGCCCCUUCACCACCACCACCAUUCCCAACAAGGAGGCAAUCAAGCGCGAGAACUCUGGUGGUUCUAUCGUUCCUCUCCUGCUCCCUUCUCUGGAUGACGGGCGGCUCGAAGACUCCGGGGCAAACGCCUCCCUGCUCAACAUUACCCACGCCUUCUGGCUGCGGUACCGACUGACUGGCGGAAACAGCCCCACCCCUAUCCAGGCGCCAUGCUAUUGA